GUUCGAUAACUGCGUAAGCUGUUGGUUCGUGUCGUAUGUGACUCUCCUAGAAAUUACCGGUUAAACACGUCGGAAAGAAGUUUGUUUCGCGAGUUUCACGAUAAAAAACAUUGAAAAUCACCUGAAAAAUGUCGAAAAACAAGUUAAUUUCGUGAAUUUCCCUGCAAAAACCUUGUAAUCCAAGUUGGAUUCUAUCAGUGAAUACCGGGAGAAUCUUCAAACCAGUGAUUUUUAUGUGAGUGUCAAAUAAAACCCAGAUAAAAUACUCAGGAAACCUCAACAAGGAGCUCGUUACAUCAAUCAAUAACGGAUUAUUCAGUGUGUUAUCUUGUAUAUACGAUCUAACACCAGAUAACUUCACAAAACCACUUCAAGGUAUCACCAAUAAUACCUUGAAAUAUUCGCCUAAUACGGAUUUAUUACUGUGAAUCUUGUAUCUGCAAUAAACUACCACACUAACAACCUUCAAAUCACACCGGAAAGGUAUCAAAAUACCUUACAAACUCUAUACAAAAUCGGAUUUAUUUUGUGUGUGUUUCAGCCUAUAUCUACGAUAAACCUUCAGAUACACUUUGAGCCUUAACAGGAACCACCGUCAACAAAUACCUCACAAACUCUAUCUAUACAAAAUCGGGUCUAAUGUGUGUUUGGUUUAUCCAAUAUCUACGAUAAAUCAUCAGAUAUAGGCUACUUUGAACCUCAACAAGAAACUUACGUCAUCAAAACGGAUUCUUUCUUGUGUACCUUCUUGUUGUAUCCACAACAAAAAUUGAAUAAAUAAUUGAAUAAAACCUGAAAACUCCCUCAAGGUAUCCCCGAAUACCUUUCCAAAAUGCUGGUGCCAUCUGAUAUGAUGGCCGCCCAGUCCAAGAUGCUCUACCAACUCAACAAAUACUACGGCGAGCGUGUGCAAGUGCGCAAGAACACAAUCGCCAAAACAGUCCGCGAGGUUUGCAAGGUCGUACAAGAUGUCCUCCGCGAGGUGGAGGUCCAAGAACCUAGGUUCAUCUCGUCUCUCACCGAAUGCAACGGUAGAUUCGAGGGGCUUGACGUGAUAUCCCCGGUGGAGUUUGAGGUUGUGCUGUAUCUAAAUCAGAUGGGAGUGUUUAAUUUUGUCGAUGACGGGUCGUUGCCCGGUUGUGCCGUCCUGAAACUGUCCGACGGUCGCAAGAGAAGCAUGUCGUUGUGGGUGGAAUUCAUCACUGCGUCAGGCUACCUCAGCGCCCGGAAGAUUCGAUCAAGGUUUCAAACGUUAGUGGCACAGGCUUGCGACAAAUGCGCCUACCGUGACUCUGUGAAGAUGAUCGCCGACACCACAGAGGUGAAACUGAGGAUCCGGGAGCGGUAUGUGGUCCAGAUCACGCCCAGCUUCAAAUGCAGCGGAGUUUGGCCCAGAUCUGCAGCACACUGGCCUGCCCUGGCUCCAACUCCUGGCACAUGGCCUCACCCCAACAUGGUCAUCGAAGUCAAAACUGAAGGGUUCGAUCUGUUGAGCAAAGAAUGUGUGACUCUUCAAGGGAAACAAUCAGCGAUGGAAGGUGACGCCUGGGUGAUGUCCUUCACAGAAGUUGAAAGUCGUCUACUGUUGGGAGGCUGCAGAAAACGCUGUCUCAGCCUUUUGAAAACCCUCCGUGAUCGCCACUUGGAACUCCCAGGAAACCCCGUCACAAGCUACCACGUCAAAACCCUGCUCCUAUACGAAUGCGAGAAACACCCCAGGGAAGUUGAAUGGGAUGAAUCGUGUCUGGGAGAUCGCAUCAACGGAAUCCUGCUGCAACUCAUCUCCUGUCUCCAGUGCAGACGUUGCCCCCACUACUUCCUACCUCAUGUGGACCUCUUCAAGGGAAAAUCCCCAAGCGCCCUGGAGAACGCCGCAAAGCAGGUGUGGAGACUCACAAGGGAACUGUUAACCAAUAGUCGGGCUUUGGACAAACUUUAAGUGCAAGCAAACGGUUCUGUGAUUUAAAAAUGAUUACUAAUCAAAAGCUGUAAAUAAAUCCAAAUUUCUUGUAUACAGUGAUCAUGUAUAUGUGGAAAAAUUGGAUCUACAUCGAUGCUGUAAAUAAAUCAAAAUUUCAUGUAUACUGUGAUCAUAUAUAUGUGGAAAGAUUACACCUACAUCGAUGCUGUAAAUAAAUCAAAAUUUCAUAGUAUCCUGUGAUCGUAUGUGAAUAGAUUAGACCCACUUCGAUGUUUAAUCAAAAGCUGUGAAUACAUAAAAAAAUCUGGAAUUUAGUCAUGAUUGAAAUUAAACAAGCUAUUGUGCAACUUGGCUCAAGUCCUACAACGAUGCCCAAUCAAAAGCUGUGAAUAGAAUUAAAUUUCAUCUGAAUCUUUCGGAAUAAUUGAAUCGAGAUUGUCAACAAAUUACCAUGCUUAGUACAAGAUUUUAGAAAAAUACUGUGUCCAAACAUUCAGCUACUACGAUUUCAUAAGAUUUCAAUAGUUGAAAAUAGUGAACAGUCUAUUAUCAAUGGUUUUAAAUACAAGUACCUAUACUCAAUGGCUAUAAACGUAACUUUUUCAUUGAUCGGAGCUAGGAAAUACAUAAAAAAAUUGCAUUAAAUCAUGAACUCUACAUAACCUCUGGACUGUUCAUUUCAAAUUAAGGCAGUAAACAGAUUUGGGUACAUUUUGCUGUAAAUAAAUUAAACUUUCAUUGAUGUGUAGAGCUAGUAUUUUCAAUGAAACGCUUUCAACAGAUGACUACCUCUUGAAUGGUUUAUUCUAUAUGUGAUAGAUAGAAUUUAACUUGUUGGAGUAACGAAGCAGUAAGAAAACUGAAACAACUUCAAUCAUAAACUGUAAAUUUAAUAAACCCACAUUAUCUCAUCAAUAUCAUUUCUUCAUUUCACGCUCACAAAUUAAGGAUCGGAAACUGAUUAUAUGUAAAAAACUUGACAUCAAAUUGUAGGCCCUAUUCCAUGAAUGCAAAACUGAACUGCAGAUGAAAUACACACGAAAUAUGCCAGUAAAAAUGCAAUUAAAUCAAUGAAGUAAGAUUCAACCUUUGGAGUAAAUUAUUCUUGAUAGUAGUGUAACUCCAUGAUAAAAACAUUCAAAACACCACACCCCAAUACUUCAGAAGUUAGAAACACUACCUUAUAGCCUAAUGCUCGUAUUGUAAAUAUAAACGUAUCCCAUAAAUAGAAUAUGAUUAGGUACCCAAAAUUAUUGAAGAUUCAAAUAAAAUAAUAAUAUCAAGUGACCUGGCUGGCUCAGGUCUCAAAAUCUCUCAAGAUUCACAAUUUCACCACGGACUACAAAAUUCUUAAGGAAGUAUGUGAUCAAGCUACUCAUAAAAUGACUGUGUCCAACAGCCUGUAAAUACAUAUAAAUAUCCCAUCGAUUAAAAUUUGUCUAAACAUCGUACUAAGUGACUGUAAAUAUUUAGAAAAUGUUAAUAGACUUUAUUAACUAGCUUUAUGUGUUGCUCCUCUAGAAAUGCUGUAAAUAUCGUUCAGAAAGCUUUACUGUAAAAAUAGUCUUUCAUAUAAACUUGUAAACUGUUUACAGUUUAGUUUCAACCUGAAAUUUAUAGGCUAUAAUAUUUUCUAGAAAAUUAUAGGAAGAGAUUAAUUUUUAAAUUUUCAAAAUAGAUUACUCAAGAAGACUUGAAUUUGGUGAACAUGUUUCAAUUAUUCAAUUUCCACACAAAAUUUACUCUACUGAGGAUUUUGAGGAUACGUUAUAUAUUAGCCUACGCUUAUUCAUUUCAUUUUUUAAGGAAAAAUCGUGAAUGAAUGAAAAUUUGAAUGACAGUAUGAGGUAAUUCAGUCUAUUUAGUUCAGUUAAUCAUUCAUCAACACCCAAAUUCAUCGAAAUGAAUGAAGAUUCACCUCCAUCUUAACUGUGAUACCAUCAUCAGUGACUUAAUUGUGAUACGAACAAAGUUUCAUGAAUAUUUUAAGCAUCAAUAAGUGAAUAUACCGAAACUCGAUUGUGUUCCUGUUAUACGAUUACAGUUAUUUUUGUAAAUAUGAACAAAUUUUGGAUAAUUUUAUGUGAGACUACGAUUUAUAGACGGUAAACGGACUGAUCUAAACAAAAAUGUUUGAUUUAUGUAUUCUAUGUGUAAGAAUAUUGAUUUCAUCAGGUGCUAAGUCAUAAUUUAUUUAUUGAUCUAUUAGCUGAAUAAAGAGAGCGUAAUUUAUAG